AAAAGUUUAAAGACAUAUUUAUAGCCAUAUUCCCCUGUGUCAGAGGUCUCUCUCUGAAAACGUGCAGAGGAUGUAUAAAAAAGAAAAGCAGAACACAAUACGACUGCAGUUAGUACACACCUAAUGGGGAGGAAAAAAAACCUUGUAAAACAUCCCUUGUGAAUGUGGAUCCCAAUACAUUGGAGAAAUUCAGCAAAAAAAGUUAGAAUUUAGGAGCAUAAUAGAUACACAAAACUGUAAUAACAAUUUAACGGUAAUAUCUUCUCAUGUUGUAUGAAGAAUGAAAUAAUGGGAUAUAAACCACACAUAAUAAAAAAAAUUUAAAAAAAGCCUUCUACACCUACCAAACUGAUAACCACUUCAUGACACUCAGUUCAAAAUUCAAAUAAGGUGGUUAAUACAAGUCCUAUUGGGGGGAAAUUCUGUAUGAAUGAAGGGGGUAGUGUAGCACAGUGGCUAGUGCUUUGUGGUUGGAAGUUUGCGAGUUCAGUGCCUGCUUGUGACAUGUUGUAUCCUCGAACAAGACACUUUAUCUUAUGUACCAUCUUAGCUUGGAUUUGUCUUGACGAUAGAUAGUUCACCAGCCUUAGCAUCAAGAAGAAUCGAGAUUGAAUCCCGGCCGUGGUCAUUCUCGGGACUUGUCUGAUAACUACAGCAGACUAGAAACUGAAAUGUAGGAUUAAAACUAGUUACUAAUUAGUAGCUACUUAUAAAAAUAUAAAUUAACUAAUUAUUAAUCAUACUUUGGUGAUUGUACAGAUUACUAACCAUUAACAUAGAGGUGAUGUACAGAAACUGGUGGUGUUUUGUUGUGAAGUAAGAGGUUAAUAACACAUUUACAUGUAAAAGUUCUAUUUCUGUAGUCACGUGAGUAAUUUGAUUUUGAGUUUAGGAAAGUGGCUUCCAGCAGAAGAGAAGCGGCUUGCAGAUUCCGUGUAUGAGUUAUCGAAUGCUUUCCCUGGGGAGAUGAUCUCUUCAGGACUGUCUUGGGCUGCUGUUGCAGAGAGAGUUGGUACCCGAUCUGAGAAACAGUGUCGCACCAAGUGGCUGAAUUACCUUAACUGGAAAGAAGCUGGAGGUGUGGAAUGGACUAAGGAAGAUGACAUGACUCUUAUUUGCAGAGUAUAUGGUCUUGGUGCUACAGAUGAAAGCCAUGUAGACUGGGCAGAGUUAGCUAAAGGUUGGUCAAGUGUUCGAUCUCCUCAGUGGUUGAGAGGUAAAUGGUGGGCUCUCAAAAGACACGUUCCUGAUGCCAAUAAGCUUCCUUUCCCUGAGAACUGUGAUUAUCUGUACAACCAUUACGCUGAGAAAAUCCGGUUGAAAGAAGAAGCAGCUAAAGCAAACCUGGCAUCAGUAGCUCCUCAUGCCAUUUCUGUAGUUGACACUCAUCCUGCACGUGUUAUUUCUCGUCAGACACCAAAUAUUUUAAGAAGUGUUGUUACAACACCACUAGCAGUUCCGUUACAGACUGUAGCAUCUGCUCCUGCCCCUCAAGCUUUGACUACCACCAUCCCAGUUCACUCAUUGGCUACUACCACAAUUGCUCCUCCCACUACAAUCACUGCUAUUGAUCCAUCAGCAGCUGCCAUUGCUGCUUCUUCGAUGGGAGUUCCACCUAUCAUGCAAACCCUAGAAGUCAUGCCACAGACUGUUCAGCUCACACCUACAUCAACCCCACAAACAUUCUUAUUAGCUCAUUCGCCACAACUGACCAUCCCGUUCACUACGUCUGUCACUCCAAAUCAAAUUAUCAUUCAUGCUGUUGCA